AUGUCUGAAGUUAUCACAGUCACUAAGCGGAACGGUGCCUUUCAAAACUCAUCCAACCUGUCAUACGGCAGCACAGGAAUAUCGGAUGACGAAGAUGAUGAACAGGAUAUAUACUUGCCGGAUGUAAACUCACGUUCCAAAGAUUCGUCUGACUCUCAGAUUGUGACACCAGGUGAACUGAUCACGGACGAUCCCAUUUGGAUGAGAGGCCAUGGUACGUAUUUCCUCGACAAUAUGACCUAUUCCUCUGUUGCUGGUACUGUCUCUCGUGUCAACAGACUGCUUUCGGUUAUUCCAUUGAAGGGUCGCUAUGCUCCAGAGACUGGUGACCACGUUGUUGGAAGAAUUGCCGAAGUGGGUAACAAAAGAUGGAAGGUAGAUAUUGGCGGUAAGCAACACGCCGUACUUAUGUUAGGAUCUGUUAAUUUACCUGGUGGUAUCUUGAGGAGAAAAUCUGAAAGUGAUGAAUUGCAAAUGAGGAGCUUCCUAAAAGAGGGUGACCUACUAAAUGCGGAAGUACAGUCAUUAUUUCAGGAUGGUAGUGCCUCCUUGCAUACGAGGUCCCUAAAGUAUGGGAAGCUGAGAAACGGUAUGUUUUGCCAAGUUCCCAGCUCUCUUAUCGUUAGAGCCAAAAACCACACCCAUAAUUUGCCCGGCAACAUAACCGUAGUUCUCGGGGUCAAUGGUUAUAUAUGGCUGAGGAAAACGUCUCAGAUGGACCUGACAAGAGAUGCGCCCACCGCUAAUAACAAUACUUCGAAUAAAUCGUCGGGCCCAACCGGUGCAGUAUCGUUUAAUCCCUCCAUAACAAGACUAGAAGAAGAGUCCUCAUGGCAAAUAUAUUCAGACGAAAAUGACCCCUCCAUAUCGAACAGCAUACGACAAACGAUUUGCCGAUAUGCAAAUGUAAUCAAGGCCUUGGCGUUCUGUGAAAUUGGCAUUACUCAACAACGUGUAGUGAGCGCCUACGAAGCCAGUAUGGUCUACCCAAAUAUAGGUGAAUUGAUCGAGAGAAAUGUCAUGGAAUCCAUUGGCAGUGAUAUUUUAACCGCCGAAAAAAUGAGAGGUAAUGGGAAUUGA